GGCGCUGUUCCGUCCUGAAUGAAUGAAUCAUCAUCGCCUCUACAGUACUUAACCGCGAAGCUACCUGUACGACCGACAUUGCCUCCCGCGAAUCAUUUCACUCACCUGUCUCAGCACUUACGUUUCGGUGAUCACCAUGCAGAGGCCUGUAAAUUUUUUCCCAGGAAAGAAGGAGGUGUGCUUCAGAAGAGGCCCCUCCGGCCAUUUACGGCAGGACCCGUCUGAUGAGGCUGCAAAGAUCAAACGCAACCCCUCUCUGCAGGACAAGUCCCGACCUUUGAAGGAAGGAGAUGUGAAAGAUAAUGCCUACACUGUGGUCUUUCAGAGGGGAGGGGAUGUGUCUGAUAAGCAGGAGGUGUUGGGAGAGUAUGUGCUACAGUUUGGGAAGUACAAAGGUAAAUCCUUCAGAUGGCUUCUGGAAAAUGAUGUUGGAUAUACCAUAUAUCUUCUGAACAAGGUUGAAGAGGAGGAGAAGGCAGGAACCUUCAGCCCCGAGGGCCACAGCAAGGACAGUCUGCUGUCCUUCAUUGGUUAUGCCAGGAGUUUUAAAGACAUUGAAGACCUCAGACAGUAUCUGUCUUCCAGACGGCCUGCGCCCUCAGUGUCGUCAGAGGGCGACAACCUUGUCGGGUUUGGAGCCCGGGCCAAAAACACCUGGCAGCAGAUCUGGGAUAGUAGGGCUGAUGGCUAUGCGGCUUUCAUCUUAGGCAAGCAGUGCGUUAAAAACAGUCAAAUGUACAAACUGCAGCAAUACCUCCUGAAGCAGCAUUCCCUGCAGGGUACUAAACCAGCCCCGUCAACAGCGCCACCUGCUGUGUUGCCCCGCACCACGCCGAUUACCUCCGAACCCAGCUCCAGUUCCUCAGUGAUGGAGGAGGACGAGGAGCUUGAGAGAGCAAUGCUGAGUCUGUCGCCAUCAAAGUUUCAGGCCCAGCCGAGUGAGUGUACAGCUGACUUACACAACUUACUUACACAGCAAGUAGGAAACAUACGCAUAGAGAUGAUGACAUGAGAACAGCACGAUUUCAAAAAAAAUGAGAGACAGGAUACACCUUAUGUUUGUUUGUUGUUUGUUUACUGUGUAUUGUCAUUUUUAAUCUUCCCUCCACAAUUACUACUGCUAGUCAAUAUUGCUGAAAAAUAUAAGCUUAUUAUUACUUUUUUAGUGGAAGCUAUUUUUUUUUGGCUGGGCACCAUACGGUGCAUGACACUUAAAAUAAAAACUAACAAUAAAUCAAUCAACCAUGGAGGCCAUCUCUAAAAAUGUACAGCCUUGUUAAUGUAAU